UACAAUCUCGUACACGCACAACCGGGACUGCCAUUGAUUAAACCUGUCAGAGAAUCAGCUGAUCGGUUAUUCACGUACGUGAGAUCAGCUGUGCGCAAUCAUGGACACGUUAAGCGAAGAAGAUUUUGCGAUACCUCCGGCUAAAUACGAAUAUUUGGACCACACGGCUGAUGUGCAACUGCACGCAUGGGGCAAUACCAUGGAAGAGGCUUUCGAGCAAUGUGCGGUGGCCAUGUUUGGGUACAUGACGGAUUUAGAGCGAGUUCAAAUGACACAGUUACAUUACGUAGAAGCGGAAGGACACGACAUGGAAAGUCUUCUUUUUCAUUUCCUCGACGAAUUGUUAUUCAUGUUUAGCGCCGAACCGUUUAUCGUUGCGAAGAAAGUGAAGAUUACUAAUUUCGACCGCGAGAACUUCAAGAUCUCUGCGACGGCGUUAGGAGAAGAGUUCACGAUCGGCAAACACACGCAAAACGCCGAGGUGAAAGCGAUUACGUACUCAGCGAUGCAGAUCCUUGAUCGUCCUGAAUCAGAAUGUCCUGAACUUUUCGUGAUCGUAGACAUAUAGCCGUUUCGGGUUCAGUUCGGUGUCUUGUUUGAUUUCUUGGCGCGCUCGUGUAAUUUGGCUCGGGUUAAGGCUUGAGACAGAACAGUAUGUAGGAACGUUUGAAUAUAGAAGCAAGAAGGGAAGUAUAUACCCUCCCUUGCGUCCUACGUAGGGUACGAUCCUUUUGUACUUGCGUAGGGUUCAAAUAAAUACGUUAUGAAGAAAACACCGGGCUCCCUUCUUGGCCAUCUACCUCAAGUACGUAGUAACGUACCGUGGAACCCUGCGUUUUGUGGAGGAUACCGCUCAAGAACUUUAUACCGUUAAUGUAUAAUCAUACAUAAUUUAUUUAAAUAACGUAAACAUUUUAGUUGUUAAUUCUUUAUAUAUUGUACUUGUAUUAACAAAUGUUUGAUUGUUAUCGAACGCUGUUGAUAGUAACUUAUAAAUGCCAGACACGUAUAACAUGUAUUAUAUAAGAAUGUUUGUAUAUUUUUAUAAACAUAUAAUAAAGAUAUUUUUUAUGUUUCGCGUCA